AUGCUGAAGUGGGGACUGCGGCUGCUGUCCUGGCUCCUGCUGUAUGCUGGCACCUAUGCCCUCUUUCAGCCAUUGCUGGUCGUCCUUGACAUCAUCCCGUUCCUUGGGCCUUACAUCAGCAGCGGAGCGGGUUGGGUCGUUGGCUUGGCAGUAUUCCUCGUAACUGCUAUGCUGGCCACUUUGGUCAUCUCCAUUGCCUUCCUCCUGUAUCACCCGCUGGUGGGCUUGACCUAUCUGGCCUGUGCCUGCCUCAGUGUCCAAGAGUCACAAGAGCCAAGAGUCGUCUAA